AUGAUCCUCAAUACGCAAGGCGUCGAAAAAACGUUGAUUGCUUUGCAGGCAUACGUCAACCGUCUAGAAAUUGCUUUGAUAAGACCCAAUUUUGAAAAUCCCUACCACAUCGAUCAUCUUAAGGACUUUGAUACAUAUAAAGAGAGACUCCUGAACUUGAGGUUAUCCUACGAUAAUGACCGUCGAACUCAGCAAUUUAUCAACAGACUUCGAAUUAAAUUAAAUACGUUGAAACUACUCCUCAAACAAUUAGAUCGAGAUAUGGCAAUAGCUUACUGGACGAUUAGCGUGAAGCCGCUUCUGGCAAACAUUGGAGUCCCAUAUCCACGAACACGGCAUACAUUCCCGAGCCUUCUCUUUGGAAAAGACUAUUGA